CGCUUGCGCGCAAUGACAUAAGUUAUGCCCCACGUACCGAAAAUUGUGUCGGCUCCUUCAUCAACUCAUAUCGUGGGAAGUUUCCGACAUAAAAAUGCCAGUUUUAAGAAAUUUACUUCGUGGUUUUACUAGAGGGGCCAACAGACACAAGGAGAUGACGAGUAAACGCGGAAAUAAGAAUUUUCAUCCUAACACCUCUCGCAUACAGCCCACUGGAUAUGGUGUCAGAACUACUUGGAGGAAUGUAAAAGAAAUGAUUCCAGAGAUUGUGGUGCCCAGUCUAGACGAUUUCCCGCUGAAGGCUUACGUGUCCUACAAGUGCCCGGACACACAGCAAGACCCUAUCACCCCCCGCGACAUCUUCGACAAGUGUGUAGCCCCUAAGGUGCUUGAAGAUUUGGAGAGCGGUAAAUACGAUAGUGAAAAAUUGUUGUCAUCGCCGGCGAGUGAGGGCAAGUCAUGACAGCCUGAUAGCUGAUGAAUAGACAGUUUAAGUUAUGCCUGGCUUGAAGGCUUGUAAUCAUAGAGAGUGGAGCUGUCUUUAAAUUAUUGUUCUUAGAGACAUACCAUAAUUACAGAGAGAAAAGAAAAGGAAUCGGAGCAUUUGUAUCGUUCACAAAUUCUCCUUGGAGGACUGGCUGAUACCUAGUCUGCAGGCACAGACCCGGAUUGAAACUUUGAUCAACAAGUGGGUCUUCAGACAAAGACUAUCGCAUAUAAAAAUUGCUGUUUCAAUUCAGGCAUUCAGUCCAUAAGGCAUUAUUAUAGUCUUGCACAUUCAGACCCUUAACUUCAGUGAAAGGUUUGCACAGCAGACUGGUUGAUGCCCUUGCUUAUACAGUUGUAAUAUCCAAAGAGGAUUUAACUUUUGAAAGAGUAUGCAAUGACAGUCCCACAUUUUGUUCCUCAGAAUCUAUAUGUGGUACAUGUAUUUAUUCUAAUUGAUUCAAACUUCAAGGCCCCCUUUCCUGCUGUAAAAUCUGUUAAGGUGUACUUUUUAUUAAAUGGCAUUUAAAAAAAAAUAAACCCCUUUUCUAUGAGAAAACCUCCUUUAUUACAAAUGUAUUAAUAUGGUAUAAGAAAGCUUCAAGCGGAUAUACUUUCUCUUGUUCCUUGGGACAGAAUAAGAAUGUUUAUGGCCACUGGAAUUUGUUGUGGAUGGACUUUGAACACAAUUUCCAGGGUUCAAACCCCACCGUGAUGCUUAUGUCCUUUGGAAAGACAGUAUACAAAUAGCGAAUAGGCAUGAGUGCAAUGGUGCGAGAUUUCGCAUCAGGUGACCGUGAAAGAAAGAUGCUCUAUUCAAUGAGGCGUUAGCCGAGUUGAAUAGAGUGUUUCUUCCUUUCACCGAAUGCGAAAUCUCACACCAUUGCACGAAUAAGAAUAUUCGCUAUUUGUGUUGUACAACGCCUUGGAGUUUAGCGAAAAUAUGAAAAAACUAGUUUUUCCCUGCAGUAAUCUAUGAAAAGUGAGCAAAAAAAUUGAAAGCGAAAACCAAAAUCCCACAAGCGCACAUGACCUUGGGCAGCCUUGCGCAUUGAGCCAGCAGCCUAUUCGCGCAUUGCACCUUCAUUUUUACUGAGCGCAGUGAAUUAAAUCGUAUUGUGACGUCGCCAAUGUUUGACAUUCAACCUCCCACUUGCUCGCGUACAACAAGCUAAGAACGCGUUGGUCCAUAUAAUAUAUAACCAUAUAAUGGUCCAUAAUUGAUAUUCUCAACCUCGGUCUAAAUGGGUACCUGAUAUUCUUGAGCAUUUUGAAUGCUAGAUGUGGUUUAUUAUUCACUUGGUAUACAAGCAGUUAGUCUAUUUCUCAGUCUAAUAACACGUGGGCUAAACCCAUUUUGUCUGUUGUACAACGCUGACUUUUAAUAGCUUGUUGUAUGUGAACAAAUUGGAGGCUGAAUGCAGUGGCGUACCUAGGAUUUUCCAAAGGGGGGGCAAAUUGUCCGCCAAAAAAUGUGACAAGCAAAAACAAACAAAAGGUCUUCAACCACAAGUAAAGGACAUUUCGCACCCGAAAAAAAAUUGACAAGCAAAAAAAAAAAAGUUUUCAAGUUCAAAGGAGGGGCCACUUGUGGCUCAUCAGGGAUCAGUUUUGACUCGUCAGGGGGGGCAGGGAUACGUCCUUUGCAUGAUUUGUGAUUCGUCAGGGGGGGGGCAGUCUGCCCCCCCUUAGGUACGCUAGUGGCUGAAUGUCAAACAUUCAUACCGUUGCACACGUAACGUCCAUAAUGUACCAUUGCAUGGUCAGGAACAAGAUGACGUCAAUAUAAAAAUUAUGAUUAAAUGCAUUGCGCUUAGUAAAUGCAGGUACAAUAUGCUGGCUAAAUACGCAUUGCUGCUGCAGGUCAGAUGCGUGUUGAGGGAUUUUGAUUUUUUGCUUUCUAUAAUUAAUUUCAUUGAUUAACAUAGGAAAAAAGAAUGAUUAUUGUUCUUUUUUCGCUAACUUCGGAGGCAUUGUACAAGACGGACAGCGAAUGUACUUAUUCAUGCAAUUGUGCGAGAUUUGGCAUUUGGUAAAAGAAAGAGACACUCUAUUCAACUUGGCAUGCCUUGUUGAAUAGAGCUUCUUUCUGACGCCUUAUGCAAAUUCUCGCACCAUCGCACUCGUGCCUAUUCGCUAUUUGUAUACUAUUAACUUGCACUUUGGUCAUCACUUCAAUACCCUCUUUUUCUAAUUUUCAUUUAGUCUAUUGCCCAGAUUGUCUCAUUUCCACUUUGAUAAUUUUGCAUUUUGUAAAAUGAAAAUUUGAAUCAUACGUCGUGCUUCUAACCAUAUAUAAUUAGAUACAAAUACUGAAUGUUUAUGAGUGCAAUGGACAGAAUACAUCAUGAGGUGAAAGAUGAAAUGAUCCAUUCAACGAGGCGUAGCCGAGUUUAAUGGACUAUUCAUUUCAUCUUUCACUGAAUGAAGUAUUUUAUCCAUUGCACGAAUGAAAAGAGUAUUCAUUACUUGAUUUAUAUGACACCUACAAAUGGAUCCUUUGUCAUAUGAAAUUUAUGAAUUUUGAUGCAAAAUAUGCCCAUGCAGUGCAAGCUUGGUCUGUAGAUAGUCUUGUACGUACAACACGUGCGCUGCAAACACGAGUGUUUUUACUUGUGGUGCCUGCGGUCUCGAUGCGUGGGUGCAAUAGACAAGAUUGUAUGGAUACAAAAAUUGCACGAUGAAUGGGUCCAAAAUUGCACCUGUGAGGACUUCAUUGUAAAAUGGGCGGAAUGAUCAAUAAACAAACAAUAAUAAUAAUAAUAAUAAUAAUAACAUUUGUAGGGCGCUUUAUACUGGUGUUUCAAAGCGCACAGGUUGGCAGAUUAUAUUAAUAUACAGUCAAUCGGUCAAAAAAAAAACAAAAAAAAAAAAAAAAAUGAUAAGGAUCCAUCUAGGUGUCAUAUAAAUGGUGAUAGCUCAACUUGGAUAUUAGACCAAAUGUGUCUAGCCUUACUGGAUAUUAGAAUGGUUUAUGGGCUAAAUAGCAAUUUGUCCGAGUUCAGAGACAAAUAAAGUCAUGCGGGAGAAGAUAAAUGUAGAUAAGCAGACAAACUGAGUGUAUUUUGUAUCUUACCAUUAAUUUUGGUUGCUCAAUCUGAUGAGCGAGACAAUGUCUAAGCACCAUGAAUGCAUAUCAGUAUGUGUACAAGUCCCAUAUUGUUUAUUUUUACUCGAGAGGGACAAAUGAAAUUCAAGAAACAUGUA